GGAGAGAGAGGGAGGGAGAGGGAGGGAGAGAGAGGGAGAGAGAGGGAGGGAGAGAGAGGGAGAGAGAGGGAGGGAGAGAGAGGGAGAGAGAGGGAGGGAGAGAUAGAGAGAGGGAGACAACAGAUAUUUUUAUCACAUUCUCUUGAUGUCGUCAUCAGAAAGUAAUGUGUGUGUGUGUGUGUGUGUGUGUCAGUCUUUAGCAGGUUUCGCGCUGGUUGUGAGCAGUGAUGGCAUGGUGUUCUACACGUCCUCUACAAUAGUCGAUUAUCUCGGCUUCCAUCAGACAGAUGUGAUGCAUCAGAACGUCUUUGACUACAUUCACGUUGAUGACAGACAGGAGUUCAGACGACAGCUGCAUUGGGCCAUGAACCCGGCCCCACAAACACCUGAGCAGCAUUCAUCCUCCGGCACAGGUGAAGACGUUGUGGUGAGCAGAUUGUUUCUGUCUGAAGAGAGCGCUGGCAUUCCUGCCGAGUUCUCUUGCUUCUUAAAUCGAUGUUUUAUACUCAGGGUUCGCUGUUUACUGGACAGCACAUCUGGAUUUCGGACGAUGCAGUUUCAGGGCCGACUGAAGUUUCUUCAGGGUCAGAGGAAAAAGACGCCGUCAGGAGUCGUUCUGCCACCUCAGUUAGCCCUGUUCUGCGUCGCCGUUCCUCUGCUUCUGCCCUCCAUCACUGAGAUGAAGAUGAAGAGCAAACACAAGAACCCCGCUGUUCUCACGCCGUUAGAUCACAAUGACCAUCUCAGACGACAUUCAGUGCUGAGCAACGGAACGGAGCCCAUCGGUCCCGUACGGCCACACGAGUCCUGGACGCCGCUCUCCAAAGACAACGUCAAGUACAGGAGUGAAGUUCACUACAGUCAGGACGAGCCCUUGAACUUCUGCAAGUCUGUGCCGAGCAACCAGAAGUUUACAAACCUUGAGGGCACGUGGCCCUUGAGAGGCUCCAAUCACGGGGUCCACCCGCUGCCCGGAGCCCGGCCGAGCAAACACGGACACUACGGAAAACCGUAUCGAUUGUCUCCCGGAUGUUGCGGUAACAGGGCCGAUGCGUUCCUUCCACAGAGUGGUGGCUCACAGCGCGGCGAGGCCGAAGAUUACAUCAAGAACGACAACUUCUGUUACGAAGGUCACGUCGAGGGCUACGACCCGCUCGCCAUGAGCGAGCUGCCCAUAAAGGUGGAGCAGGACUCCGACACCGAAAACGGCUGCGAUUACUACGGACGCCCGUGGGCAGAUCACGAGCGCUACAUGAACGGCUACGCCGCUGCGCAGAUGAAACCAGAGAGUGGAUACUCCGAGCAGUAUUCACCCUGUCAAAGGUCGAAGGUCAGCCACAUGUACAGCAGCCACUGUCCAAGCACUUACGAGGGAACGGCUCGACCUCUCAGGUGCGUCCUGAACAAAGAAACAGCAGAUUGGAGCCCUCAGAGAACGAAUCCUCCAGAGUCGCACUGCGGUGCCGCUUACGUCGACUACAAACACUACGUGCAGCAUCAAUACAAGACAGACUACGAGCUUAAAGGGCUUCACUGCAUCAAACAAGAGCCCGUGGAUUCUCCGCCCUGGCACGAGCAGGCGGCCGCGCACACCAACUCUGUGAUGAACGCCGGCCAGCAGAAGAUCCAGCCGUAUGUGUUCAUGCAGUGAAACUCUGCAGACGUUGUUUUCUCUCUAGCAAUAUAAGAAUGUCUUUCAACUUUUACAAAGUUCUCUGACUGUUGAGACGUGCUCUCGAGGUUUUGCUGUAAAAGUUUUGAUUGGGUUCUUUUUUUAUGAGAUUGUCUUGUUUUCAGUGUCCAACUAUUCAUGAACUAAUAAUGACAUAACACAUGAGCAGGUAAUCGCACAAAUAAAAAUAAACUAACAAAUGACGAAUGAUGAAAUAAAUACGAUUUCACAUUCAUCUGAAGUACAAAAAUUCACAUUUACGUUCAAGACACAAAGAUUUGUUUGAAGAUUUGGGUAUGUUGUGAUAAUCCGUGUUUGACUUUCAUAUGAUAAACGCUUGUUUAAUCAGUAUUUGAAGCCGUAAAAACUGAAGGAUUUCUUUUGACAAUAUGUUUUGGGUAGUUAAAAUGGUUUGACCAUGUGUGGAAACAAAUGUUGUCAUUUAAUAAUAAUGUAGCCAAAAAGUGGAAACUAUGAUGUUGACUUUUACAUUGCAAACUAAGAUUUCAUCACUCAUAACAUAAUGUCAAUACAUGAGAUAUGUUUAAGCAUCAAUAAGGAUGACAAACAUGUCCUUUGUUUUUAAGUAAACUACCGUUUCAAAAACAACAAGUAUGCCAAUAACUUGCACUUCUAGAACAAAUGGAAAUAAAAAGUCUGCCGAGACUCGGUGUCAUUUUGACAUUCACAGCAGUAAACGGUCCCUCUUCGUUUGCAAACACACUUUUUUAAACAGUUCAACAUUUUGUAUUUAACAGCAAAUAUAUAAAGGGCUUUGCACUAGUCCAGGAAGGACUUUUAACGUGACAUAAAUAUUAACAGAGGAUAGAAGAAUGUUUUAACCAAAGUAAAAGCAGCAAUCAAAUGUGUUUUUCUGUCAUAUUUAUUACAAAAUAAAUAAUUCUUGUACAUUACAAACAACAGUCCACUUCGUCCUUGUUUUAUGAUUCUCAUGUCAAAGAUUUGUUUCGACUUACUGGAAAUGUCCAUCAACACACUGCGACUACACAGAUAAUAGUGUAGAAAUAUUGUCACUUGUCGAGUGUUUACGAGUUGAUGCAACUCGUUCAACUAUUAUUAUAGUAUAAUGCAAUGUAAGUCGCUUUGGAUAAAAGUGUCUGCCAAAUGCAUGAAUAGAAAUGUCUGCACAAACACAAACAACCAUAAGCUGCAAUCCCUAACUAAACAUAUCUCUCUAAAUAAACAUAAAUCAGUUCUUGAUCAAAGACAUCUCACAAUGGCAAGCUUAGAAUGAUGAUUUAUGACAGCAGUGUGUCAAUCAAUCUGCAAUUUUAGGUUUCAAACAAGGGGUGAUGACAAAGGUAAAAGCGGAGGUGAUGUGCUAUUUCAUGCAUUCUGACUUCUUUACACUGUUAAACGUGCUGGCUUCUCAAGCUUAACAUGAUCAACUUGUCAAAAAAACGCGUUGAACGUAUGACGUAGUAUUUCUGUGCUCCAUUCACUCCGCCAGGGUUUGGAAAGUUUUUUCGAACAUGGAUUCCCAUUUCGUUACAAGGGUUCAUAGUCCCUUAUUGGACAAUUCUCCCGUAAAAUCCCGCCCACUCGUCUUCCAGCGUGAGACAGAGCACGCCCAUCAAUGCGCUUCACUCGGCUGAUGGAAGUUCAGAUGUGUUUGUUUGUUUGUUCACUGCAUUUGGGCGAUGACUAUGAAGGUAUUUUUGAAGGAUUCAAGAAGGUGUAACUGUUGUGUUGUGUUUGCGGGAGAGAAAAAAAUAGACAAGUUUGCAACUUCAAAUUUUGACUACAAAAUUUACUGAUACACAUGUGUGGCCGACCUCUACAACUACAAAUUCCACUCUCACAGGUGCUCAGUAGUUUUGCACCAAAAAUACCUUUAUAGAUGACGCUGGAUUUGGAGACGGUUUGAAACUGAUAGAUGAAGAAGUCCCAUCGCUAAAAGAUGCCGGACAUGAACCACACGCGGCAGGUCAAACUAAGUCAGCGUGUACGUGCAUAAUGUAAACAACACAAACUUAUAGUGAAUCAACAGUUAUGCAGGGAUAAUGCGAUGAUGUAUUGUGUGCUCGUGCUGUAGUUCCGCCCCCCGCACACACCCAGGAUUUCGUCUUUUACCGGCAAUAAUGCUACAUGCUGUCUCUGUCUUUUAUAAAUGUGAUCAAACUAAAUACUCUUCCAAGAUACGACGUAUGCAAUACUACUCUAUAGGUACUCAAGAUUAAUAAGAGAUUGUUACCUCACCUUGCAGCUUUAAUAUAGCA